AUGUAUUCACAUUCUCCGCAUAACAUCAAGAAGCAAAACGAAAUGGUCUCGCCGGUGAUCAAAGCAGCGCGCAGGAGAAUUAUAUUCAAAGUCCUAGACAAAGCUUUUAAAAAGCCAUCGAAACGUCGGCGUCGUCGACAUACCACUCAAAACCCGAGACCGACACACAUCGACCGACACCAGAAGCAGAAAUCUCACAUAGAGCUGAUGAUUCAAGAGCAGUUUGGACACCCGAGGGCCCGUCAUCCAAGGGUUUUGACCGUGAUAAGCCAGGAACAACUUGACUUUCCCGCUUUGCGUGGUACUUCUCCAAGGAUCAGCGACGAUUCGCAAGGCCGAUUCCAUAGAAGACCCCGGUCACAUCACCAGAGGAAUCACCCCAAUCAUCAAAACACCUCUCGUUCUUUUGUAGUCACUCUAAGCGAUAUGGAUAUAGUAUAUGACGAUAGGAGCGAUGGAAACCCCCAAUUCGAAGAUGCCCCAUCCGAUUCCCUGUAA